AAAAAGAGAAAGAAAAAAGAAAAACGGAGCCUAUAAUUAAGAGGAGUAAGAUGUAAGGAAAGAGAGGCAAAAGAGCUGGUCUGUUACUGGUUUAUUCAUUUAGUGACAAUUGUUUUUAACAGAUUUACAGGCUUACAGCGGUUUCGAAGACGAUAAAACCAGGAGCAAAGACUUAAUCGCACCAAUCGACACUUGACAGCAGCCAAGCAUGCCGGCGGAGGAGAACCAGCUGCCGCUUUUGGCGGAGCCCCAUGAAGAGGUGGCCUAUGAUGAGGCCGAAAAAGUGCACAUAGUCGGGGUCGGCGAGGAGUCGGAGCUCGAGGGCGGCUUGCUGGCGGCUCCGCCGUUCUCAUGGAGGAAGCUGUGGCUCUUCACCGGGCCAGGGUUUCUAUCGAGCAUCGCGUUCCUGGAUCCCGGGAAUCUGGAAGGGGAUCUCCAGGCAGGCGCGAUUGCUGGGUACUCCUUGCUCUGGCUUCUCUUGUGGGCCACGGCCAUGGGGCUUCUCGUUCAGCUGCUAGCGGCGCGGUUGGGGGUAGCGACUGGGCGCCACUUGGCCGAGCUGUGUAGAGAGGAGUACCCCACUUGGGCUAGGUUGGUGUUAUGGGUAAUGGCGGAGUUGGCUCUUAUUGGAGCUGAUAUCCAGGAGGUUAUUGGGAGUGCCAUUGCUAUCCAGAUACUGAGCAACGGGGCUAUCCCUCUAUGGGCUGGUGUUGUCAUCACUGCUCUUGAUUGUUUUCUCUUUCUUUUUCUCGAGAACUAUGGGAUAAGAAAACUGGAAGCUGUCUUUGCAGUUCUGAUAGCUACAAUGGCAGUCUCAUUUGCCUGGAUGUUCGCCCAAACAAAGCCCAGUGGCACUGAACUUAUUGUUGGUAUGUUGGUUCCAAAACUAAGCUCUAAAACAAUCCAGCAGGCUGUUGGGGUUGUGGGUUGCAUUAUUAUGCCUCACAAUAUUUUCUUUCAUUCCGCUCUUGUGCAAUCAAGAGAUAUUGAUCACAGUAAGAAAGGUCGUGUUCAGGAAGCUCUCAAUUACUAUACCAUCGAGUCAAGUGUUGCUCUUACAGUUUCAUUUAUAAUAAACCUUUUUGUUACUACUGUGUUUGCAAAGGGGUUUUAUGGCACAGACCUAGCCAAGAGUAUUGGCCUUGCAAAUGCAGGGCAAUAUCUUCAAGAAAAAUAUGGGGGUGGGCUUUUUCCGAUUUUAUAUAUAUGGGGUAUCGGGUUAUUGGCAGCUGGCCAGAGUAGUACGAUUACUGGCACUUAUGCAGGGCAGUUUAUCAUGGGAGGUUUCCUAAACCUGAGAUUGAAAAAAUGGGUGAGGGCAAUGAUCACGCGGAGCUGUGCAAUCAUCCCAACCAUCAUUGUUGCGCUUGUUUUUGACUCCUCAGGAGAAUUGCUAGAUACUCUAAAUGAAUGGUUGAAUGUGCUCCAGUCUGUUCAGAUUCCUUUUGCAAUUAUUCCCCUUCUCUAUUUGGUGUCCAAGGAGGAAAUUAUGGGAACCUUCAAAGUUGGGGCCCUUCUCAAGACCAUAUCAUGGCUUGUGGCUGGAUUGGUGAUUUUGAUUAAUGGGUAUCUUUUGCUGGAGUUCUUCUCUUCGGAAGUGAGAGGGAUACCAUUCACCGUCACUGUAUCAGGUUUUAUAGGGGCAUAUCUAGCCUUCAUAGUUUACCUUAUCUCCCGCGACAUUACCUUUUGCCCAUGGCGCUGCUUAGCACAAUCCAAACAAGCACAGAUAAGUUGAAUAAACCAAAUCUUCAAUGUCAGUGGCAAAAUAUUUCAGCCACACAGUACCAUGGCGUAUCGCCUACAGAUUUGUUUCAGGGAGCUGCCAUUCAUUUGUGAGAAAUGAUUAGGCCUUUCUGCAAAGUAGCUUUGUAAAAAGUCUAGUCAAGUUGUUUACCUUAUCAGAUUCCAGGCCACAGAGGGUAGUUGUUUCUGUAUGAUAGAACUUAUUGUUGUAUCUUCUGUGGUAUGGGAACUUAGAAACAGGAAUCACGACCUGAAGUCCUCUUGAAACUCAGAAGAGCUUCCAUUAUGUAUUUUGUUUCUUGAAUUCUUAUCUCGGGUUAAUAGUGAAGUUGGCUAUAUUUAUGCAUAUUAGCUCAGCAA